UCGUCAUCUCAGCCAGCUCUGACCAUCCUGAAAUACUAACUCAGACCAUCAUCCCAACCAACCCAAAACGACGUGAUUAGGCAACAUUUUAGAAGGAGAUGAAUAAACAAGAAGGCAAGAUAGACCACACCGAAUGCUCUAGGUUUGAAGGACAGAGGAAGUGAGGUACUGUGGGACACUCGCCUUCAAUGGCUGGCGCCUGGCGGUAAGGGUGUGUUUGUUGUGAGUGUGUGAGCUGCAUCACACCGCUGCCAACCCUCACACCACGCCAAUCUUUAACAUUUCUCUGCAGCCUUCCUCGAAUCCCUAUAACGACGAGACUCAGCACGCAAGGGAUCAGAGUGGGCGAGUUUGGCGCGUGCAUGUGUAGAUAAAUGCUGGACAUAAUGUGGCAUGAAGCAAGAAAGCAAGAACGGAAGAUACGGGGCAUGCUGGUGGACUACAAGCGGCGAGCAGAGAGGAGGAGGGAAUAUUAUGAAAAAAUUAAACAAGACCCAACACAAUUCAUUCAGCUGCAUGGCCGCCCUGUCCGCAUCCACCUGGACCCUGCGGUGGCCAGUGCCGCAGAGGCACCCGGCAGCAUGAUGCCUUGGAGAGGUGAUGCAGAUUCCAUGAUAGAUCGCUUUGAUGUGCGUGCCCACUUAGAUGCUCUGCCACCACUCUCAGUCACCUCCCCCAAGAUGACAGCAGAAGAGGACUGGGAAGAACGUCAGGCAAACUAUGAGCGUUACCGCAUCCUCAUCCAGAAUGAUUUCCUUGCAAUUAAGGAAGAGAAAUUUCUGCACCAGAUUCGUCUGGAGGAACAGUUUGGACCAAUCGUGAACAAAGCCAUUGAGGAGGAGAAGAAAGCAUUGGCCCCCAAGAAGGCAGCCAUUGCUUUCACCUACACAGAAGAUGCUGACCCAGAAGAAGAGAAGAAACCUGACUCCUCCAGUGGUGAUGCUGUCUUGACAGAGGGUGGGGAAGAAGCAACUGGGGAUGGCAGUGAUGAGGAGAGUGAUAGUGACAUUGAUCUUGAUCUGACAGUGGAUGUGAUGUCACUGUCCAACACACAGCAACAGGAGAUGAACUCCUCAGGGGUGGAGUAUGGGCUGAAUCAAGAUGACUUCAUGUCCCUCAUCAGCCGGGACUUGCAGGAGGCUGAGGAGCUGAGGGUGGCCAAGGAGCAUGAAGAUGAAAAGGCCAUGUAUUCGGGCCGCAAAUCUCGCAAAGAAAGGCGGGCAUUAAAGAAAAAGCACAUGGACCGAAAGUUUAGUCCCCCAAGCUAUGCCGCACGAGCCAGUCCCACUUAUGCCCCAUACCGGAGGUCUUCCUCCCACUCCAAGUCCCGCUCCCCAACUCCUCCUGGAGCAGGAACCAUCAAAUUCAUUACUAGCUUUGGAGGAGAAUCAGAUGGUGCUGGCUCUGAUGAUGAUGGGGUUACUGGCGUCAUCAUCCUUCCCAAAGGUGACCGAAAUGUGCGUGACCGCCGCAAGAACCGAUGGGACCAGAAGAACAGAGAUGGAAGUGGAGCAGGCCACCGCUCAGGCAGCUCAGGCCCGAGUAGCAGCCACCAUGCCUCUGCAUCCAGCCACUCCUUCUCAAAGAAACGGCGCCACUUGUCUCGCAGUCGGUCCCGGUCACGGAGUCGCUCCAGUAGCCGAUCUCGACGCCGUCACAGGUCUCGUCGAUCACGGUCCAGGUCACGCUCCUAUACAAGGCACUCACGGCACACCAGGUCACGCAGCAGGACACACUCAAGGUCAAGAUCACGAGACAGACACACUAGUUGGAGGAGAAGUCGAGGAACUCACAGGCGCUCUCAUAGUCACUCAAAAUCUCACAGUAGAUCCAAGAGCUUGGGCAAGAAAACACCUUCUCCGCCCCCAAAGACUACUACCAGCUCUGUAACUACAUCAGUACAGCCAGCCACUGCAGGGGAGCCCUUGGACCCACCAGCAAAGCUUCCCUCGCCACCCUGCCGCCGAUAUUAUGGCCGCAGGGGGCAGGAAAGCAACUCUGAGUCUGCCUCAGAAUCAGAGGCAGAGGAAAUUUCUACAAGCACCACCAUUACAAUGCAGACUUCUGCCAACACCAAUGUAAAAGCUAAUUUACUAGUGGCCCCAGCAACAGUGGGUAAUGGUUCUGCUGCUGCCAAAGAUGGACCAAAAUUAACACCACAGGAAAGACUAAAGAAGAAAACUCAAGCAUUGUUAAAGAAGCAGUUCAAGGCGGAUAAACGUCUGGAACGUGAAAGAGCAGAGAAAGCAGAACAGGAGCGACAAGACAGGGAGGAGGAGCUUAGAGAGAUGGCCAUCAGGCUAAGGCGCAGGGAAAGAGAGAAACGUCAUCGCCUGCAAGGAGAAGACUCUAGCUCUGAUGGGUCCAGGUCACGCUCAGGCUCUGGCUCCAGGUCAGGUGGUUCACGUUCACGGUCAAGAUCAAAGUCGAGGCAGCGGUCAAAGUCACGACAAAGAUCAAGGUCGUGUCAACGGUCUUCAUCUCGCUCAAAGUCGCCAUUCCCCCCCAAACAGGUACCAUCUGGAAGGUGGGGAGAUGGCAUGCGUGGAAGAGACCGCAAUACUUCCUAUGACUGGGGCAGAGAUGGUCACAGUAGACAGUGGGGUUCCUCCUCUCACUGGGAUUCGCAUCCUCCACUUGAGAGACACAGGGACUCCUACAGAAGAAGGUCUCGAUCCUACAGUCCUCCAGGUCGUUGGGAGAGAGAUCACCACAGCUCCAACAGGAGUCGUAGCAGAAGCAGAGGAAGAGACUUUAGCUAUAAUAACACCAGUAACACUGCUUCAUCCAGUGGAGGAGGCUUCAGGAGAAAGACCUUCCGAGACUAUGAACGAGAGAGAGACUGGGACUGUCCCAACCGAGAUGCUCCCCAGCGAAAUGAAGUGUUCCGGGACUACCAGCAUGGGUACCAACGGGACUACCAGCAUGGAUACCAGCGUGACUACCAGCACAGAAACUAUCAUCACAGGGAAGGUCGAGAUAGGGAAGGACCACCACAGGACUACAGGGACCGCCACCAAAGAGACCACCAGAGGGAUGGAGGCAGGCAGGGUAGCCAAAUGCAGCAACAGAGCCAUGGCUACGGUGAAGAGAGAGAGGAUGGUGGUCGCAUCGGCAGGAUCCGGUUGGUAGAUUACUGAAGACAGUUGUUCCUGAGAAAUACUCAGUAAUUGAAAGUAAGACAAGACAAUGGUAUAUGUAGGAGACAUCACCUUGCAUCUCCUCCUGCCUUCACAUCAAUCCACAUUACUUACCAAGUUCUAGGAAGAUUUGUAUUUUUAUAAUUUUCUACAGGAAUCUUCUGGAAAAAAGAUACAUUAUACAUUUUUUACUGUAUUGUGUGAAGGCACUUUCAUAUUGCUAUAUUAUCUGAAGUGGCAGUUUCUAGUAUCCUGCAGUACUAGUGUGCUAUUUUAUUUUGCUGUAAAAAUAGCCAUAAUGUUUAGAAGCUUUUAAUAAGAUGCAGUAACUGCCCACUUCCAAGAUUGAACCGACUUCAUUAGGUGUGGUCUUCAAGACAUUUUAGUAGUCUGAAAAUUUGCCAGUAUUUAUUUAUUUUUUUUUUCCCACAUGUUUUCAUUCCACAUAUUAAGAUGUUGAUAAGACAACUCUGACCUCUUACAUGCCAGUCGUUCACCUAAGAAGACAUGUUGAUUUUAAAAGGAAUGAUUUAUGCACAUAUCCAACCUUUUUAGGUAAUGUUAUUUUUGUUGAAUAUGUAAAAUAUAUGUACAUUUUUUUCUGAACAUUAUCUCCCAUGUUGUGUGAUAUACAAAGGAAAAAAGUAAAGACCUCAGAAGAAAUUAAUUAAAGACCAGAUAAAGUAAUAAAAAUGUGUGGAAAAUUUUGUCAAAUUUUAUCAUGGCUCUAUGUUAUUAUUAGGAACAAUAUUGCCUCAAUCACACUUUAUUUAAUAAUGUUGAUGAUCUGUUGUGAAAGUGGGAAAUAUUAUUACCUAUAUAGUGUUUGUGUUGACCAUUUCUUUAUGUAAGAGAGGAGGACUGGCCAAGGGCAACAAAAAAUAUAAAGAAAAAAGGCCCACUCUGUUACCAGUCUCCUUAUAGAGCCAAUAGAAUUAGCUAAAGGGUAGGGACAAAUUUAUUUCAGCACUUAAGGUAAUUUUUACAUUAUUCUAUUGAGAAAAGAUGCUACAGAAAAGAUAGUUGUUUCCUGACCAGCAGACACUAAUAUACUUCCCAAGUCCAUCUAAUUAUGAAUUAUAAUGGAAAACCACUGCUUGGAAUAUCCUCACAGGUAUUUUAUUGUAACCAGUGUUGAUCUGGAAUUGUUGGGCAUUCAUAUUAACUGUCUUGGUUUAUGCAGUGCUUGUUGACCAUUGUGCAGAAUUGUUCCAAGAGUGUUGAUGUAAUAAUCCCAGGUCUUCAUUAACAUAUAACACAAAACAGCAUUUGUUAAUAAAAGUUUUGUACAGCUGUGAUAAUUACUCCAUUUUCUAUGACAUUUAAUUCUGUAUAGGAUUGUUUCGUGCUUCCUCAAAACACUAGCCAUGUAAACAUAAUCUUUUGUUGAGAGGAUCCUUUUUUUUUUUUUUUUUUUUUCUCUCUCUCUCUCUCUCUCUUUCUUUGAGAUAUAAAUAUAUGUUCUCUCAUCAGCAACAUGUUCUAUGUGGGACUGAUUCAGGUGUGUACAUAAUACCUUUCUUUGACUCGUGCACUCCUACAAGACUGGGUAGGUCAGUGUUACCCAGACAUGAUUUAUUAGACUUCUUAAAGUUUUGGAAUCUUCAGGUAGUAAACUAACUUUGUCACCAGCUUUUAUUUUAAUAUACACUGUACCAGUAAUAAGUAUUGGAUCUGCUGGCUUGGAGGUCCAAUAGUUAUGGCAAAAAUAGCAUGGUCAUUUCGAGGGGGAACCAUUUUAGCGAAAAUUAUAAGCCCCAUAACAUUAUUGCAUCCCUCAGCUUUACAUCGCUAACUCAUAUCCUCCCCUCAGUGUAUUUUAGGGCUAGAUGGAGAGCAUUAUCGUGCACUCACUUUUUCAUGUCCAGUCUGUUUCUUAAGUUGAGGUAUAUCAUGAUUCCCUUACUCUCUGAAUAUAGCCAACUGUUCCAUUAUGUCUGAAUGACUUGCUUCCUUGAGGCUGAAGAUCUAUGCAAGUCUUAGAUGAAUACUCUUUUGUCUUAGCCACUUUAAUAGAUAAUUAAUUAUUACAAGUGAAUGUGGGAAACAAGUUGCUAGAGGUUACUGCUUUCCAAUGAGUCCUAAAGCACACUGAGGACAGGAUAGUAGUCAGUGGCACAAAAGCUGAUGGAUAUGGUAAGUGCUAUGACUUUUGGUUAAAAUUUGGUUGACUCUCAAGAGGACUGUGCUUUUUUGCCAUAAGUAUCGGCCUCCCCAGCUGGAACAUGCAGACCAAUAUUUAUGACUAGAACCAUACAUGAAGCACUCCUUUCCUUGUCAAGAAAUAGGGUGAUUUAAGAAGAGACAUAAUGGUGGUGGCAGUAACAUUAGACAGUUUGUCCCCAUUUCUACUCUUCCAGGUUGUUGUGUUGGUGUAAGGUGUAGCUGUAAAUACAUGUCAUUUGUUCCUAA